AAUGUGUACACGUGACACACAAUAUCGUAGACGUACUACGCAGAACAUGAGCUGAAGAGGCGUUCGUUGUACCUUUGUCCAAGCUAUCCAAACGCGAAAAACCCAUAAAUGGAUCGAGGGUCGAAGCGGCGACAGGUGAAGCCUUUGGCUGACUCUUUGCUGGAUGCUCUGGAUUAUGACAGCUCAGAUGACAGUGAUUUUGAAGUCGGAGAUGCAUCGGGUUCAGAGGGCACUGGCAAUGGAAGUGAUGAGGAAGGUUCAAAGGACAGCACUGCGGGCUCUGAGAGCGACUCUGACGCUGUUGGCUCAGCCGAUGAAGAGGGCAUAGAUGACGAAGAGACCAAAGAAUUGAAUGAAGACACCGAAGAAGAGGACAAAACCAAGGAGCACUCUUUUUCGGAGGAGACCAGUAGCAAAGAAGCUGGGGGAGCCUCCAAGAAUCGCAAAAAAGCAGAAAAGUCCUCAGAUACAGAACCAAAUGGUACUGGCACCACAGAAGAAAGCUCAGCAGAGCCGAAAAAAUGGAACCUGCGGCGGAACAGGCCCAUGCUGGACUUCACGACUAUGGAAGAGCUAAACGAAAUGGAUGAUUAUGACAGCGAGGAUGACAAUGACUGGAGGCCCACACAAGGAAAAAAGAAAGGCAAGGCAUCAUCUGGGAAGGAGAAAGAAGGGAGUGAGGAAGAGGAGGACGGGGGUAGUGAUGAAGAGGACAAUGAGGAUGAUGAUAACGAGACCAGUAGUAGUGAUAGUGAGGAAGAAGAGAAGAAAUCAAAGAGGAAAGCAGGCAAGAGCACAGGGGCGUUUGAUGAGGAGGAGACCAAUGACAGCCACAGCACUUCCCAUGGGAAGGGCAAUGAGGACUCUCUGUUGGAACGGCCACAGACCUGGAGCUCCCAGCGGAUGGAGCAUAUCCUUAUCUGCUGCGUGUGUCUGGGAGACAACAGCGAAGAUGCGGAUGAGAUCAUCCAGUGUGACAACUGUGGCGUGACCGUGCAUGAAGGUUGUUAUGGUGUCGAUGGUGAAAGUGACUCUAUCAUGAGCUCGGCUUCAGAGAACUCGACAGAACCGUGGUUCUGUGAUGCUUGCAAAAAUGGCGUCACACCCAGCUGUGAACUCUGUCCCAGUCAAGACGGCAUCUUCAAAGAAACCGAUGCGGGAAGGUGGGUGCACGUGGUGUGUGCCCUUUACGUUCCAGGGGUCGCAUUUGGAGACAUUGACAAGCUGCGGCCUGUAACGCUCACAGAGAUGAACUACUCAAAAUAUGGAGCAAAGGAGUGCAGUUUGUGCGAGGACGCACGCUUUGCUCGCACAGGUGUUUGCAUUAGCUGUGAUGCCGGAAUGUGCCGCUCGUUCUUCCACGUUACUUGUGCUCAGCGAGAAGGGCUGCUGUCUGAAGCUGCUGCGGAAGAGGACAUUGCGGAUCCAUUCUUUGCCUACUGCAAGCAGCACGCAGACCGCUUUGACAGGAAAUGGAAAAGGAAGAACUAUCUGGCCCUGCAGUCCUACUGCAAAGUGUCCUUGCAGGAAAGGGAGAAGCAGCUCACACCUGAAGCUCAGGCUCGAAUAACCACGCGGCUCCAGCAGUACAGAGCGAAAGCAGAGCUGUCUCGAAACACUCGGCCGCAGGCGUGGGUGCCCCGAGAGAAGCUUCCCCGGCCGCUCACCUCUAGUGCUUCAGCCAUCCGUAAGCUGAUGCGUAAAGCUGAACUCAUGGGUAUCAGCACAGACAUCUUCCCUGUGGACACAUCUGAUACCAGCGCAAGCGUGGACGGACGGCGUAAACAUAAGCAGCCUGCCCUAACGGCAGACUUUGUUAACUACUACCUAGAGCGGAACAUGAGGAUGAUUCAGAUCCAGGACAACAUCGUGGAGCAGAAGAACCUUAAAGACAAGCUGGAGAGUGAGCAGGAGAAGCUGCACAUGGAGUACAACAAGCUGUGCGAGUCUCUGGAGGACCUGCAGAAUGUCAAUGGCCAGCUGAGGACUGAGGGCCAAGCCAUAUGGAGCAUGAUGGGGGGGAUCCUUGGACAGAAAUUAAACUCGCCUGCAGUUCUAAAAGCUCCCAAAGAGAGAAAGCCGAGCAAGAAGGAAGGAGGAUCACCAGGGAAGUCGUCGAACCUCCCAGCUAUGCUCUACAGCUGUGGGAUCUGUAAGAAAAACCAAGACCAGCAUCUUUUACUGCUAUGUGACACCUGUAAGCUGCAUUAUCACCUGGGCUGCCUGGACCCGCCUCUCACACGCAUGCCGAAGAAGACCAAAAACAGCUACUGGCAGUGCUCUGAGUGCGACCAGGCCAGCAGUGACGAGGCUGACAUCGCCAUGGAGACGCUACCAGAUGGAACCAAAAGGUCCAGGAGGCAGAUCAAGGGACCAAUCAAAUUCAUCCCUCAAGAAAUGAGCCCAGAGCCCAAGAAGCUUCAAGUGAGAGGGACUAGAACCAGAGGCCAGAAGAGGAAGCGAACGUCCAUCUGCGAGGAGGAGAAGAUUGAGGAACCGUCGCCGCGGGAGCGCAGACAGAGGCAGUCGACUCUGCAGAAAAAGCCCAAAGCCGAUGACACGCGGACCGAGUGCACCACCUGCAAGGGCCCCGGCGACAACGAAAACCUAGUGAGGUUGUGAGAGCCGGGCACCACUUCCUCCCCUAGAAAAGGACAGAUGAGAGAGAGACAGGGAGGGAGAGAGGGAAAUUAACUCGUUUGAAGAGCGGCGUUGGGGUCGGGGAGGAGUCGCAGAUGGCCGCCUCCGACCGCCACCUUCGACCGUCCCCUUCGACCGUCCCUUGACAGACUUGAUCAUGGUUAAACGACGGUCCGGCGAAAAUUUUCCGUAUGUGGACUAACAUUAAAUUGAUUCAGUUUGCACUGGGAGGGGGAGAUCAACCCUCAUUGGACACUAUAAACGGACUUUAUAUGGACAGAAUACUCAGUUAGCCAGUUUGGAGGCACGUGCUCAUCCAUAGCGUCGUUCUUUUGUGGAAUACAUGCUGGUUUUGGGCCUUUUGCUCUGUGGAUUAAGCCAGAUUCUGGGCCGCUUCACCAUCUUUGCAAGCGAUUUGCUCUCAUCUGGCCUUCCUGUUUGGGCCUUCUGGACUUUUUCUCUGUCUCUUUUACAUUGGCUGUAAAACAGCACACACCUCACUCGAUCAGCUGUGUUGAUUGAGUCAAAUGUGCUUCUGAAAGCUAAUUGUGUCUUCUGUCUUGCUUUUUAUUAAGAAUGCUUUUAAUGCUUUUUUUUUCUUGACUCUGCUCUAUUUUGCCUGUGAUGUGUGAAUUGUAUAGUUAACAAUGAUUAGAUGAUAGAAGUUAGAAUCAGUAGCAUCUUCUUUUUAUUUUUUUUAAUGUUUACAUUUUUUACUAGUUGCUGUAGCGUAAUAGCUCAAUAUGAUAAUAUCAGUACUUAAACUUAUGGUUCUUUCUUUAGUAGCAUAUCAGUGAUAGGGCGAAUCUCACAAAAACAUAUCCGGGUGUGUUUCACCAUUUUCAUAUUUUGACAUUUCUUUUAUGAUAUUUACGCACAUUUCCAUCCCGAAUCUUAUUACCAUAAUGCUUUUUUGCCUUUUUUUUAAAACAUUUUUUUAUAUAUUUAUUUACGUUAAUUCUCAUUUGAUAAACUGUUUUUGAGAUACAGUGUGCAGUACAAUAGAUGUAACUUUAUCACUGUGCUUUUGUUAAUAUUUUGACAUUCCCAAAUCUUACUGCCAUAAUUCUUUUUGGUCAUUUUCUUGUGUUUUUUUACAUUUGUAUUAUACAUUUGCUUAUUUUCAUUUUCAUUUGAUAAACCAUUAUUGUGAUACAGUAUGCAAUACAACUUUCUUACAGUACUUUUUUUUUUAUAAAGUUGAAGUCAAAAGUUUACAUACACCUUGCAGAAUCGACAAAAUGUUAAUUAUUUUACCAAAAUAAGAGUGAUCAUACAAAAUGUAUGCUGUUUUUUAUUUACCUGAAUAAGAUAUUUCACAUAGAAUAUGUUUACAUAUAGUACACAAGAGAAAAUAGUAGUUAAAUUUAUAAAAAUGACCCUGUUUGUUUAGUGAUAGUUGUUCAUGAGUCCCUUGUUUGUCCUGAACAGUUAAACUGCCUGCUGUUCUUCAGGUCCCCACAAAUUCUUUGGUUUUUCAGCAUUUUUGUGUAUUUGAACCCUUUCCAACAAUGAUUGUA